AAAUUGUAAAUAAUCUAAAUAUUUCAAAUUUGUACUCACGGUAUCGUACUAGUUUAGGAUAUACUAUACAGCUUUGAAUCCUACAUCGGAAUCACCAAUGAGAUCAGCAUCGCCAUGAUUCCAUAAAACCAGCCACGAAGUACCGCAGCAUAAGGGGGUUGACCGUUGACUCCGUCUUCUUCCCAGAUAUAUUGAGCCAUGGGUUCGAGCAUUAGGCCUUCAAAAUUUCGUCCCACUGUUUUUCGAUCCAAAUCUCAUCUUCUCCCUCGGCACACCGGCACCAUGAAAGUUAGGAAACUUUUUGGGAUUUCGCUCUCUAUAUUAAUAAUCAACCUGGCCGCAAUAAUGGAGCGGGCCGAUGAAAACCUCCUUCCAGCUGUGUACAAAGAAGUCAGUGAGGCAUUUACGGCAGGACCAUCUGAUCUUGGAUACCUCACGUUCAUAAGGAACUUUGUGCAGGGAAUUGCAUCACCUGUGGCGGGUAUAUUGGUCCUAAACUAUGACCGACCAACAGUCCUUGCAAUUGGCAUAGUGUGCUGGGCUCUGUCAACAGCGGCAGUGGGUGCAAGCACGUUUUUUUUACAGGUUGCAAUGUGGAGAGCGGUAAAUGGCUUUGGACUGGCAAUUGUAAUACCAGCACUUCAGUCCUUCAUAGCCGAUAGCUAUAUGGAUGAGGUGAGAGGGGCUGGAUUUGGGUUUCUAAAUCUUAUUGGGACUGUGGGCGGUAUAGGAGGUGGGGCUAUUGCUACAGUUAUGGCUGGUUACAAUUAUUGGGGCAUCCCGGGAUGGCGUUGCGCCUUUAUCAUGAUGGCGACAUUGAGUUGUUUGAUCGGGUUUCUUGUUUUUAUGUUUGUUGUUGACCCAAGAAAAGUAGUUAGGAUCGACUAUGACAAUCCCAAAUCUUCUGAAAGAGAUGAAUUAAUACCGAAGGGAAAUGCCAGUUCAGUGCCGAUUUGGGUGGAGUCCUGGACAGCCAUGAAAGUGGUUAUGAAAGUGCAAACAUUUCAGUUUAUUGUCUUGCAGGGCCUGGUUGGAUCAAUUCCUUGGACUGCCAUUGUCUUCUUCACAUUAUGGUUUGAAUUAAUUGGUUUUGAUCAUAACGGUGCAGCUGCACUAGUUGGUCUUUUUGCCGCUGGAUGUGCUUUGGGAUCCUUUCUUGGGGGAGUAGUAGCGGAUCGGAUAUCAAGAGCAUACCCUUAUUCAGGGCGGAUCAUGUGUGCACAAUUCAGUGCUUUUAUGGGCAUCCCGUUCUCAUGGUUCCUUCUUCGAAUUAUCCCUCAAUCUGUAAGCAGCUACUAUACAUUUGCCACGACCCUAUUCCUGAUGGGACUUACCAUCAGCUGGAAUGCCACUGCCACAAACGGCCCCAUGUUUGCCGAAGUGGUGCCUUCAAAACACCGUACCAUGAUUUAUGCUUUCGAUCGGGCAUUUGAAGUAUCCUUCUCUUCUUUCGCUGCUCCUACCGUCGGCAUCCUUGCUGAGAAAAUAUACGGGUACGAUGCCAAAUCUGUUAAUCUUAAUGGUUCUCCUCGAGAGGCUUUAGCACUUUCAAGAGGCCUGUUUGCAAUGAUGGCAGUGCCAUUUGCGUUGUGUUGCUUGUUCUACACACCCCUAUAUUGGACUUACAGACAAGACCGCGAGAAUGCAAGAGUAGCCAGUGCAAAAGAAACAGAGAUGAUAUGAUUAAUUCACACCGACUCCCUUUGUUUUUUUGAUACACUCUAACCUACUAGUAGUAUCUAUUCAACUGUAAUGCCAACCCCUGAUUGGGAUGAGAUUCGAACCUAAAACCUUCCUUAUGGAAGAUAACAGUGAUGCUAUCAGACCACAAGAUACAUGGCCUAAGACUCCCUUUUUUAACACUCCCAAAAGAUGAAUUGUUGUACUCAGAUAGUUGUUCUGGUCUGCACCGGUUUCAGAUGCUAUCAGACCACAAGAUACUUGACCUUAGACUCCCUUUUUAACACUCGCAAAAGAUGAAUUGUUGUACUCAGAUAGUUGUUCUGGUCUGCACCGGUUUAAGAUGCUAUCAGACCACAAGAUACUUGGCCUUAGACUCCCUUUUUUAACACUCCGUAAAGAUGAAUUGUUGUACUCAGAUAGUUGUUCUGGUCUGCACCGGUUUGAGACGAAAGCCGCCUCUUUUUUGGAUUAGCAAAGCAGUGCCCAAGUCUUCCUGUGUGGAGAAUGUUGCUUCUUAGCAAUUAUACCACAACAGAAAAGAUAAGAUAGAAUGGCAUUGAUCACACUGCAUUUCCACUACCCUAACAGAUUUACUUGCUGUUGUGUUUCUUGAUUAUCAGCAUUGUAUACAGACCUUAGCACACUGGAGAGUAUUAGAGUAUAGUUUAGGUUCUGCCCAUCUUCAAUUUUCUCCUUGAAAUUUACUCUCUUUGUUUGUAUUUUUCUUUUUCUUGUGUACAUGAAACUUGUUUGGGGAGUUGAGGAUUGGAUGUCUAAUGUACUUUGGGUUCAAAAACUGCAAAUAGUACAUUGUUAUCACUAGCAUUUUGGCUUAUGGUUACAAAUACAGUAUAUAUAUUGUGCAGUGUUUGGCAUUUAAUGGAUUGUGUUAAUUGAUA